UCCAGCGAUGGAGUAGCAGAAGAAGUGGGACAACCAUCAGCCACAUCUUCAAUAAAUUUCAGCUGAGCCCAGGUUAGUCUUGAACGAGAAGUCCGUUUGUAGCGAGCCAGUUCCCGCAUCUUUUCCACAGAAAUUUUCCAUUGAGAAGUGAGGGUUGGUUUCCAGCAAGACCACCAUGGUGUGGGGCUGGGUUACGGACUUUUUCACCUACGAGACCACCAAAUCUGUGGUGGUCAAGAGCUGGUCUGUGGGCAUCAUCAACAGAGUCGUGCAGGUCUUCAUCAUCUCUUACUUCAUUGGCUGGGUGUUUAUCCACGAGAAAGCCUACCAGUUGUCCGAUACCGGCAUAGAGUCAUCCGUCAUAACUAAAGUGAAGGGCUUCGGCUCCCAUCAAAACCGCACCAUGGAUGUGGCCGACUACGUCUUCCCCCAACAGGGUGCAGCUGUGUUCUGCAUCAUGACUAAACUUAUCAUCACGGAGAAUCAGUUCCAAGGAAAAUGUGGAGAGAAUGGGAAGAGCUACAGCUGUGAGACAGACGACGACUGUGAGCAGCAUAUUGAUUCCAUCCUUACAAACGGGAAGAUUACUGGUUUUUGUCUUCGCAACGAAAACGAGUCCAAAGGUCAGUGUGAGGUGGAGGGAUGGUGUCCCGUCGAGAAUGACAAGAUUCAAAUUGAAGCAAUGGAGGACGUGAAACACUUCACGAUCUUCAUCAAGAACAGCAUCCGUUUCCCUCUCUUCAACAUCACCAGAGGAAAUUUUCCAUCCAACAUGACGUCUAGUGAGAUAAAGAGAUGUAAAUACAACCCCGACACCAACCCCUUCUGCCCCAUCUUUGCUGUGGGCGACAUUCUGGAAUACACUGGACAGAAUGUGACCAGCCUGGCUACAGAGGGUGGUGAAAUUGGAAUAAAUAUUGAGUGGAAGUGUAAUCUCGAUCUGGACAUUGAGUAUUGCGUGCCCAAGUAUUCCUUUACCCGACUGGAUGCUCCUUUUGCCAAAAACGCCAUCUCCAAAGGUUUCAACUUCCGGUUUGCCAAAUAUUUUAAGACGCUGAACGGUACUGAAUAUCGGACAUUGCACAAAGCUUUCGCCAUCCGCUUUGAUGUCAUGGUCACCGGCAAAGCGGGAAAGUUUGACACGAUCCCAACAUUAAUCAACGUGGUCGCUGCCUUCACUUCCAUUGGACUUGGUACAGUUCUUUGUGACCUCAUCCUGCUGAACUUCCUCAAAGGAGCAAAGCAAUACAAGGCCAAGAAAUUUGAAGAGGUGUCGGAGGCUCAGAUAGAGGCUCAGAUGGAAGCAUCCCUCGCUCCGAGCCCCAGCAGCCAAAUGUCCAUCAAAGAAGUUAUGAAACGCUCCUGCGACUCUGGAGCCCAUUCUCUGGCCACUGCUGAUCAGCCCGUUUGACACAACAGAACCUCUUGCUGUUCCCACCAAUCAUUAAGUCUUUUCGUGACUGUGGAUCCUGCAGAUUUUGUUCAAUAAGCUUAAGGAAUUGUGUAAAGACGGACUGCACAUUACGGAGUAUUUAUGAUAAGCAAAUCAAGACGUAAACAUGCAAGACCAACGCCCGCAGGAUUUUGCCCUUUUGGUUGGAACUUUGUUAGAGGUGUUUCUAGUAAUGAAACUCAGAGGGGAAACAUUAAUUAAUCGUUAAAUCAUGUUUUUAAUUGUUAACUCACAAGAUGCAUGCAGAAGAACAAACUCAUACACAACGUCAAGAAUCACUCAAUGAGCCACCCAAUUUUCUAACACACUACAUGAACCAAACCACAAUUGUACGACAAAACUUCAACUCACUGAAGCGCUCAGAUUCAGUGUUGGGAAAAUAAAGAUAAGCUACAGAGUUAUUCUAAGUUAAAAGAGAACUAAAAUUUGAAAAAACAUUGCGAUAAUAUGCCCCCACUAUUCUAAGCACGGUAUUCUGCUUGUGUUGGUGGAAGAAAACUUUAGCAGAUGAAUCCACCCGUUUUUCAUCCAUCUCAGAGGGCAAGCAGGCAAUUUGACAAUUGACCGCCCUCUGCUGUCGACCGACCUUAACGUCGGUGCCCUCCGACUUGUAUUGUAAACGUCACGCAAGCAAACCCAAAAAACAUGCAAGCCGUACAGCACAGGUAACAAAACAAAAAUCACACGCUGAGGUCGAGAACAUAAUUUAUUGUAAAUAAGUAUUGCAGUAACAUGAGGUGCUUUUCCAGUCGCACCUGUAUAUCAGCAUAACCGAUUUUUCGCCCUUUUGGUUAUGAACCCAAGCAAACUCCAUGCUAUGACAGUUGUCUCUUGUUUGCUUUGCUUAAAUGAGUCAUUAUAAGAAGCAAGGCAUAAAACAUACUUGCAGUAAUUCCUCUCUUCGUGGCACAAAAUAAAUAUUGUGUGUCUUUGUCCUCA